CUUUUCUACCGGUAGUUCGCACUACCGCAUAGUGAUUGGUUCCCCAGACUGCGUUCUAACAAGGGUCUGAGCUACGAUCGUCCCAUACAUUCGAUAAGGACUUGGCCACCGAAGCCGUACCACGUUUGGGUAGGUCCGAACUGCGAGCGUGGAAUAAUCUUCCUCUCGCGCCGGCCCAUACUCCACAUUUGCAAAAUCCGCUAUUACGACCGGCGCAUUCUUCAGCCGCCUUUGACAUCCCAUUCUAUAUAACCGUCUAGCAUCGCCUCCUAGUUAAAAGCAAGAUUGGUAGCGCCGACCAAGCCUUCCUCUUGUCACGUAUUAGCCAUGCCUAACCACCACAUGGUCGACGAGAAGCCUGAGGCUGUGCCAUAUGGCUUCGAAGAGAACCAGGUCGGCUUCGAGGAGCCGUUUGUUCACGGCGCCGCUACUGUUGGCGGCGAAACUGGACGAGGCGGAGACACACAUCGUGGACUGAAGAGUCGACACAUCCAGUUUCUUGCGCUUGGUGGUGCUAUCGGAACUGGUCUCUUCAUCGGAUCUGGAUCUAUCCUAGCCCUCGUCGGCCCUGCUCCCUUAUUCAUGGCCUACCUCAGUAUGAUGCUUGUUGUUUACAACGUCAUGAACAACUUGGCUGAAAUUGUCACUUACCUUCCCAUGCGUGGUAUCACCAUCCCUUAUUUCAUCAAACGCUUCGUAGAUCCGAGUCUCGCAUUCGCCGCCGGUUGGAAUUAUUGGUACGCCUAUGCGAUCUUGGUCGCCGCUGAAGCCACAGCCGGAGCCAUUCUUCUGGAGUACUGGGAGACGCCUGUCCAUAACGCUGUGUGGAUUACCAUCUUCCUCGUUGUGGUCUUGUUCCUAAACAUCGUCGCAGUCGAGGUUUUUGGAGAAGCGGAGUUCUGGUUCGCUUCUAUCAAGUUUAUUACCAUCAUCGGUCUAGUCAUUCUCGGCUUUGUGAUCAUGUUAGGUGGCAGCCCUAACGAUCAAGGGAGGCUCGGAUUUAGAUAUUGGAACAACCCAGGCGCAUUUAAACCGUAUAUCGUGCAGGGGAACUCCGGGCGUUUCCUGGCGUAUUGGACAGCCUUCGUCCGUGCCGGGUUUGCCUUCAUCACUUCGCCCGAAUUGAUCGCACUCGCUGCCGGAGAGACUAUUGCCCCACGCCGGAACAUUCCCAAGGCUGCUGGUCGCUUCGUUUACCGUCUCGCCAUCUUUUACGGUCUGGGUAGCUUUAUCAUCGGUGUUAUUGUCCCAUCAGACGAUGAUCGCCUCCUCAGCGGUAGCUCCAACGCUUCCGCUUCUCCCUUCGUCAUUGGUAUCCAGCGUGCGGGAAUCGCAGGUCUAAACCAUGUCGUUAACGCGGCCGUCUUGACAUCAGCAUGGUCCGCCGGAAACGCAUUCUUGUUCUCCGGAUCCCGUGUCUUGUAUGGUAUGGCUCUCAACGGAGAAGCCCCCAAGAUCUUCGGCAAGACCAGCAAGAAGGGCGUACCGUACGUGGCCGUUCUCGCUACGUGGGUUAUUGGACUUCUCGCGUACUUGAAUGUCUCCAACACGGGCGCCCAGGUCUUCUUGUGGUUCUCCAACAUCUCCACCAUCUCUGGAUUCAUUGCCUGGAUCGUCGUCAUGAUCACCUACAUCCGCUUCCGCAAGGCCAUGAUCUUCAACAACCUGCUCGAGUCUCUGCCCUAUCGAACACCAUUCCAGCCAUAUCUUACAUACUUCGUCCUCGGUGUAGUGUCGCUCCUGACUCUCACCAACGGCUUUCAGGUCUUUGUGCCCGCCAACUGGUCCGUUUCCGACUUCCUUGCCGCUUACAUCACUAUCCCAAUCUUCAUCGUACUUUACGCUGGCCACAAGAUCUACUUCAGGACGCCGUUUGCUAUCAAGGUCGAGCACAUUGAUGUCACGACGGGUGUGCGCGAGAUGAACGAGUUGUGCAAGGACGAUAUUACCGGUGCGCCUGUGCCGAAGAAUGUUAUGCAGAAGAUCUGGUACUGGAUUGCUUAGAGUAGCACCAGAGAGCAGUUUUGGAUGAUUUUAGCGGGCUUGCUUCAGAGUCUUUUACUUAGUAGACGUUACCAAUCGACUAGAUCAUAUUAGUUGAUCUUUCUAGUCC